AUGGACUCGGCCGACAGAUUCCGGGCGUUGGCGAAAAAACACCCGAUUAUCGAUGCGCACAACGACUUUCCUUAUCUGGUGCGGGUGCAACUUCACUACGAGGUGGAAAAUGACGACGCCUUCACCUUCAAACAGGGCCUCACGUGCCACACGGACUUGAAAAAACUCCACGUUGGCGGUGUUGGCGUCCAGUUUUUCAGCUGCUUCAUCGAAUGCAAGGACGACAACCCGUUGUACCAGAACUUCAACAAACCCACUACUGUGGUCCGGGACACCACAGAGCAAAUCGAUUUUGUCCGCCGUUUGACCCGCAUGUACCCAGACGACCUUAAGCUCGCUACAUGUGCCCAGGAUGCGCUUGACGCAUUUGAAAAAGAGGGGAAAUUGGCCAUAGCCAUGGGCAUAGAAGGUUUGCACCAAGUGGAUGCGUCUUUGGGUGUUUUGCGUACCUACUUUGACAUGGGCGUGCGGUAUGCCACCUUGACCCACAAUUGCGACAACCCGUUUGCUACUGCGGCGUCUUCUGUUGCCGGCGGACUCCCGGACAAAGGUUUGAGCGACUUUGGCCGCAAGUGUGUGAGAGAAAUGAACCGUCUAGGCAUGAUGGUGGAUCUUUCGCAUGUCAGUGUCCAGACCAUGCACGAUGCAUUAGAAGAGGCUCAAGCACCUGUCAUCUUCUCGCAUUCUUCGGCGUUUGCUCUCACGCACCAUGUUCGGAAUGUGCCUGACGAAGUAUUGGAGAAAGUGAAGAAGAACGGUGGCGUGGUGUGCAUCAACUUCUACCCAGCAUUCAUCAAGCGGCCGGGCGAGGAUUCGGCUACUAUUGACGAUGCGGUUGCCCAUAUUUUACAUGUGGCCAAUUUGAUUGGGUGGGACCACGUUGGGUUGGGCUCGGACUUUGAUGGCAUUCCUGAAGGACCCAAGGGCCUUGAAGAUGUUUCGAAGUACCCAGACUUGAUCAAAAAAGUGAUGGAAAAAUCGCAAGCUACAGACGAGCAAGUGGCUAAGCUUAUGGGAGGCAACUUGUUACGUGUAUGGAAAGAAAAUGAGAGAGUGGCAGCAGAGUUGAAAAAAGAAAAAGUUAUAGACGAGAACUGGCCCGACAGAAUAUGGGAGUUUUUUCUGUACUGCAAAGAGUUCCCAGAAGUAUAUCCAGGGUCAUACCAAAAGCACCAAAAUAUUUAUAAGGACGCCCAGAAGUUGGAUGUGAUUGGCGACAUGAAAACAAACAACUAG